GGAAGUGGGGGACCAUAAAUUUCAUGUCAUUUUCAACACUUUCUGCUUUCUUGAUGUCCUUUCUCUUCUUUGGAGAGCUUGCCCUCCCCCAUAGGCCUGUGUUUCUUAGGCUCCAUAGCUUUCAGCUGCUCAUAUAGGGUGUGCUUAUAUGCUUGGGAAAUAGUGGCAAAGAUUUUUUUUUUUUUUUUGACAUAGGAAUCUUUGCUUUCCUCCCUUGCAUGAACUAGUUAUCAUUCAAGGUAUGUUUGUAUGCAUAUUCUGUCCAGUUAGGUCGGCGAUCUCUGUCGUUCUUUAAUGGAGUUAAUCCAUGCAGGCCAGGCUAGCUUUCUUGAAAACCCCAGCAUCCAUUAAUUUCCUCCAUUCUCAGUUUCUUGAGGACCCAAAAGGCUUUUCUUGAUCAAAAUCACAACUUUUUUCUCAAUGGUGUCUCAGAAUUCAAAUACAGAGCCGCCAAGUAUUCCCCACCAAUUCAUCACCCCAUAUGCCAUGACUAGUCAACCUCAAGUUUGGAACCAAAACUGUGCUGAUUUAGGCACCACCAUUCAUUCUCUUGGGGAGAGAAUGUCCAGAGCCGUAGACUUAUUAGUUCAUUCUCCUCAAGCCACCCACACCAGAAAUGUGAUGGAUCUUCUUGGAUCCCAUCAGAAACUCUCACUUUCUUUAGGGAUGGUGAAUCCAGGUUUUGUUAAUCCAGGAAUGGGUUGUUUCAGUAGUGAUUAUUCUGUUGCUGGGACAGGGACAGGGACAGCUUCUUCUUCUUCUUCAACCUCAAUUUCCACGUUUUCUGGACCUGAAUCUUUCGCCGCCAUCAUUGCUAACUCCAAAUACCUAAGACCUACACAGUCCCUUCUUGAAGAAGUGGUUAGUGUCGGCGGCAAGGCGACAGACUCCGAGAAAUACAUCCGGAGAUUAUCGCCGUCCGGCAAGAAAGGAUCUUUGGGUUUCCGUUCCAUGGUGAAUGCAGAGCUCCCAAGUAACGAGAAACACGAGCUCCAUACUAGAAUCAUGGCGCUCAUUGCCUUGCUUGAAGGGGUGGAAAGAAGAUACGAGCAGUAUCAUGAUCGAAUGGAAGAGCUGGUAUCAUCGUUUGAGGCCAUUGCAGGAUUAGGAGCAGGGAAAUCCUACACUGGACUCGCACUCCAAGCCAUGUCCAAGCAUUUCUGCAGCUUAAGAGAAGCAAUUGUGUCUCAGAUAAACAGCCUACUGCAAAAAUUAUCAGAAGAACUGCCAACAAUGAUGAUCAACAGAGAUGCUGGGCUUCACAAGAUGUUUCUUCAACAGCUGGGAAUGAUUCAAAGCUCGAGGCAAUCAUGGCGGCCAAUCAGAGGCCUGCCAGAAACUUCAGUGGCAACUCUUCGCGCUUGGCUAUUCCAACACUUCCUUCACCCCUAUCCGAAUGAUUCGGAGAAGCUUAUAUUGGCAUCACAGACAGGAUUGACAAAGAAUCAGGUUUCAAACUGGUUCAUAAAUGCUCGAGUUCGACUAUGGAAGCCUAUGAUUGAGGAAAUGUACAGAGACGAGUUUGCAGAGUCGGAUCCAUUGUUAGCCACUUCGGCUACCAGACAAUCUGUCGCAGAUUCUGCCGAGGAAUGACACCAAACCUUAAUCAACCUCACAUUUUCUUAUGUUAAUGGAACUUUGGUUUCUUGAUUUGGAAUUGGAAAAAAAUUAAAAAUCCUUCAUUUAUUUC